AUGACAACACCCUUUUCCUCCCAUGGACUCCUCCUGCUAGUAGGCUUGUGCUGUCUGCUUCUCAUAACCAAGACUAAACAUGAAAAACUCUAUGAAGACCCAAGCAUUGAUCCCUUCCAGUGCCGGAAGGUGGCUCUCACCAUCUGCAAUGUCUCCAUCACCUUGUUCAAAAAGACGGCCCAACUGUCGGGAAAUGGAAAUAUUUUAUUCUCCCCGAUUAGAGUCAUUGCUGCCAUUUCAAUGCUGUCCCUGGGAUCCAAUGGCAACUUAAGCAAACACAUCCUGGAGACCCUAAGGUUUAACAAAACAGGCUUGCCUGAAGCAGAGAUCCACAAGUGUUUCUGGUAUCUGCUCCAUUCCAUUCACCAGCCUGAAGUGCCAUCAUCACUACAAACUGGUAGCAGCGUGUUCAUCCACCAGGACCUGACAUCAGUAGACAAAUUUGUGAAAGGAGUCAAGGACCUAUACCAUUCUGACAUGAUCUCCAUCAACUUUACAGACAGCAGUCAGGCCAAGACACAGAUCAACAAUUACGUGAUGGAGAAAAGCCAGAAGGAAAUAGUGAACAUUGUCAAGAAUCUGGAGAGUGACACGUUCCUGGCUGUGGUUAACUACAUUAUCUGGAAUGCCAGACUUGACAGCAACUUUGGCUGCCUGUCCGUCAAAGUGAAGGACUACCACUUAGGAUAUGGCAUGACAAUCAAGGUACCGAUGAUCCAUAACGUGGCCAAGCAUUACUUGUUCCGGGUCGAGGAUCUGUCUAGCACGGUGCUGAUGCUUACUCUGCUCACAGGCAACUUCGCAACCUACUUCAUCGUACCCGAUCCAGGGAAGAUGCAGAAGGUGGAACAGAGCCUAACCUACCCACACUUCCGCCGGAUGAGACGACAAUUAUUGACAAGGUUGGUUGAUUUAGAGAUACCAGAACUCUCAUUGUCUGAGACCCAUGACUUGGAAUCAAUGAUGAGUCUACUAGGAAUCAACUAUGUUUUCAACAGUGGCACCAAUAGCUCUGACGUGAAUGACACACUUCAGAAGUCCUUCAAGGUGGUAAGUAAGGCCGUGCUGACCAUCGAUGAAAAGGGGUCAACGCCUAGUACAAACUCAUGCUUUAAAAAGUUCGGAUCGACUGAUAUGGACCGGAUUCAGCUCAACAGACCUUUCCUGAUCUUCAUCCAGGAUCACGCAAAUGAUGUCCCCCUCUUUUUAGGCAGAGUGGUAAAUCCCUAA